AUGGCUGGGCCCCUUGAAUGGUGGGAGUACUCUGUACCUUAUGGUGCAUCCUGCCAGAAAGACAGAAUCCGGGGAGGAUGGGGACCAAGGACCGAGAGGAAGCUUCAUGGCCAGCGUGGUAGAGUUAUGUGGGUCCUGGCAAGCAGAGUUUGGCAGUUCCAGAAACACUCUGCCCUGGAGUUGCAAUCAGAGCAAUUAGCAGCCCCUUACGGGACCCAGCCUGUUCAUGCCCUCAGCUUCCCAGCCUGGGUGGUGUGGAAGGAGAAACAGCCCUGCCUGGAGUCAGAUAGGGGUGCACGGGAAGGUGGCAUCCAAGGUAAUAAUACAGUACUUUCCUGGGUUGUUGAGGAUGACCUGAGUGAACGGAGUAAAGCACCGAGUGUAACGGAGAGCAAGUGUCGGCUCUCACUAGACACUGCAGCUUCACCGUCUGCCGGGCAGAGCUCUGCUCUGCUGUACUUGCGCGCCAGGCAUCAGGACCCAGCGAAAAGCGAACGUGCUUUGACCUCAGCGCGCAGUGCAGACCCUGUUCGAAGCAGACACAAUGCGCGCGCGCACGUCUGCCCCGCGCCCCACGUGCACGCCCGCGCGCCCCCGCCCACGCGCGAACACCCUGCUCCGUGGACCCGGCGCGCAUGGUUCCUCGGCUUGGGCUUCACAGGCAGAUAUGGAACAUUUCUUGCCUUCUCCAACCACCAGCAGCGGCAGAAUGGAAAGGAAAACUGA